CACUGCUAAAGGGUCCUAUAGGCCUGCUCAAUUUUUGAGGCAAUUUUCCAUAAUUUUUUCAUGAUUUGGCCAAAUUUUACAAUCCCCGCGAAUGAUAUAUAAAUACCACCAUGAAUGGACUGGUGAAAGUCUAUUGUACGUCCCCUAGUUAGCUGCGCGCGCCGAGUGCAUGUGUCGCACCCACUGAUUUCUAUGGUCGCACCGUCCUCCAUCCGGUAUCCAUGUUAUUGUUAUGAUGGACGUCAAAAAUCCUGGCGACGCCCCGAUGUUUGGGUACGGUUGUUUCCAUUGAAGAUUCCACGUCUGAUGAUAUUGUGCAUGUGGAGCGUUCGUCAUGGCAAAGUUGCAGAUGUUUGAUGUCGUGUUCGACGGCAACGACGCUGGUGUCUACCAUUCAGGAGAAGUCAUCCGGGGCUAUGUGAGAAUUGUGCUUGGAGGAGUCAAGAAUGAUGUCAGGGGCAUUCAAAUCAAGUUCAAAGGCGAGUCUCACACCCAUUGGUCAGAGGGCAGUAGCAAAAACCGUCGACACUACUCGGCCAAGGAGGUCUACUUCAAAGAAAAACUCAUCUGCUGGGGAAAAGGUAAAAACGAUCGCGGCGCAUCGAAGCUGACCCUUGAGUCCGGGGAACAUCGCUUCCCGUUCUCCUUCCAGAUUCCCAACGUCCCGCUGCCGUUUCCGUUCGAGUCGUACGUGGGCUGGAUCCGCUACCGGAUCAUGUGCAAGAUCGACCGGCCCUGGAAGUUCAAUCAUAACACGGAGCGACUGUUCACCGUGGUUGGUUUACCAAUUGACCUGAAUAGCAUGCCUCAUGCCAGAAUCCCUUCUCACCAAGAGUCAACCAAGACAGUCUGCUGCCUGUGCUGCGCCCAGGGCCCGAUCAUAGUCAAAGCUUCCACGGACAAGGGUGCCUACGUGCCGGGAGAGAGUAUCUUUGUGUCGGGCACGAUCGAAAACAACACCAGCCGAGAAAUCGUUGAUAUUACGUACAAGCUAGUUCAGUAUGUCACGUACUUCUCCAGCGGCGGCCACAAGACCAGGCGGGUGACUACCAUCGUUAAAGAUAAAGCUCCAGGAUGUAGGAGAAGGGAGGUGGCCCGCCUGAAUUGGAAGCCUCUCGUCUUACCUCCUAUUCCUCCGACUGGGCCCCAGGGGUGCAACAUCAUCAAGAUUGAGUAUCUGGUUCAGUUUGAAGGUGACGUCAGUAACACCCCAUUGGAUGCUGAGGUGAAGUUGCCUGUUUUUAUAGGGACAGUGCCUCUUUACCAGACUCAGUACCCGGAUCCAUCCGCUGUUGUGAGCGAACAGCCGUCGUCUAGCGCUGCAACUGCGCCACCCCCGAGUUACCAAGUCGCCAUGGAAGGACUCCAGGAGAUUCCCAGCAAGAGUGGCCACGACUACACCUUUGGUAAACUCAUGUACGCCCCUCAAUACCCGACCUACAAUCUGCCGGCGAGUGCCCCAACCUGGGACCCUGCUCACCCGCCUCAGCAAGCAGGGCCAGGGAGCUAUCCUGAGUAUCCUCAGAAAUAUUGAAAAAUGGAUCAACGUCUAUGUCUUGUGACUUCUGCAUGCCUGUUGAAUUAAACUUGUUGUGCCUACAUGUGUCAGUGGGUGGUCUUGCCAGCAAUUCGUGUCUGAAACUUUUAAUUAUUCCUGAACUUUUUUUUAGAUGUCACAUUAUUUUUGUAUGUAGUAGCAACAGUUAGUGGAAUCAUUACAACAAUUUCGUGUCUUCAACUUGUAAUUUAUUCUUUUUGCCUGUUUUCUUGACAAGCAGUACUGAUGUAAGAGUAAAAGAACACACCAUAAUUAUGGACACUAUAGUCCAUGUAAAGAUGGUUGGUAGGGUUUGUGAAAGGGAAAAUGAUUUGAGAGUGGCCAGUUUAAAAGCCUUGCAUAAAGAUGUUGUAAAUAGGCCGAUGUUUGCAUGAAUGUUGCAUAAAUAUUAGUAGCGAAUGGGAGGUUUGCGGUGACACCAUGUGAAUGAUAUAUCUUUAAUAGUGAGUUGUGUGGUUCUGAGAAGAACCAGUUGGUUUUACUUGAGGUUUCGAACAGUGUGCUCUGCUCGUCAUCAAGUAAGUGACUGCACAUACGUUACCUUUGCGAUCCGAGGCAAUUUCUGACCACUUCAACCAAAUGUUUGGGGGUUUUUUUGAGGAAAAGAUAGUGGUGUACGCAGUGCCUGCCUUUAUUGCGACGUUACUAAAAAAAAACAAAUUGGGUUCGGGGUUUUUUUUUUGGG